CUCAAAAACGCUUGUUCUCCUGGCGUUCUUCUUAAGUCCCAGCCAAAAAAAUUUUUUUACGGGGGGCAAUUGCCCCCUCUCGCCCCUAUGCCGGCCCGCCCAUGUGUCAAAGGAAAUUGUGAGUGUAAGUUUUAAAUCGAAGUUUUGCGCCUCCCCAUUACAGAUUUUUAGUAGCCAGCAUUGAAUAACAAGACUUAGAAGGUUCUAGAACAUUUGAGAAUCUUUUCUAAAAUUUAUUUGGCUGGAAUAUAUUUCUCAAUAUUCUAAAUAACACAAAUUCUGAUUUUUGCACAGAAAAAACGAUUGUAUGGUAGACAUCCAGGAUGGUGGUGUUUUGAUUUCUCGCAAAUAUCUUAUGACCAAAACAAUAGGAACUGAUUCAGUUCUAAAUUUUUGAAAUAAUAAAGAUCUGCUGUAAAUAUAAGGAAAGUUAUUUGUCCAUUAAAUCAAUAGUUAGACUAAAAAUAAUAAAUUAUGAAAACGAGAUUAAAAAAAGACAACGGUUUUAAGUCUACCCUGACGGUUUGACCAAAUUUAUGAAUGUCAUUCUUUUCGUUCUAGGAUUUUAUUUGGUAAUUCUUUUUGAAGUCAAGACAAUCUGGUUUCUAAUAAACAACGCAUUUGAUAUGUUCUCAAAAAAACAAAUGGCAUAUAUGAGUCAUUAUAUAUGACUCAAUAUUUAAUAAUAAGUAAUCCCGUGACUGAGAGACAUCUAGACGUUUCUUACCAUAGUAAUUAACGUAUAUAUAUAUAUAUAUGUAGAAAAAGUCUCAUAUUAGUUUUAUACGAAAUAUAUCAUCUGUUAUAAAGUGAGUGCGCACAGAAUCUCUUCAAUUUGUCGUCGAUGUUUUUUCAAAUUCAAAUUAAAUAAUUUAGUUAAUUUUAGAUAAUAUAAAAUAUUUACUUUUGUAAUUAGAAGAAAAAUGCAUAUAUCAGUAGCAAAAUUUGGUGGUUCGGAAAAUGUACUAACAGUUGAAAUUGCAUCGGAUCUUUCAUUAAAAGAUUUAAAAGCUGUUAUUGAAGCUGAAUCUGAUUUUGGAAUAAAAGCUGAUGAAAUGAGUCUUUUUCAUGAAGGAAAAUUACUUCAAGAUGAUAGUCAAACACUUGCACAAUGUAAAUUCAAUGAUUAUGAUUUAAUUACUUGUCAACGAUCAACAUGUAAGUUAUCUUGUCUUGUCCGCAAUAUUAAGAUAAAAUAUAGAAGAGAAAAAAAUAUUUAA